GUGAACGCUGUUUCAAUGAGCUGAAAUUAACACAAAUAUCCGUGAUUUCCGGUAGGAAAUACGGAAGAGAAGUGUUUUCUGCGCUACGUGGCCACCUGUGACAGCAGCAGCAGCGACUCGUAGUGACAGUUUGUUUGACAUGAUGGAGUUUGACAGAGAAGAACAUGGCAGGGAGAUGACCGAUACAAAUGGCGAGAACGAUGUUAUUAACACCGAGAAUCACGCGCCCUGCACUGAGGAAGACCAUACAUCACGUGAGGAUAAUGAAGAAAAUCAGAAGUCCUGGAGUUUGGAGAGAAACUGGGGUUUUACUUUACAUGAGCUCUUCAGACUUGCGCUGAAAUUCUUUAAAGAGAUGAAUGGGAAAGCUUUUAAUCCAACAUAUGAAGAAAAUCUCCGUUUGGUUGCACUACACAAGCAAAUCACUCUUGGCCCUUAUAACCCUGAAGCAUGUCCAGAAAUUGGGUUUUUUGACUGGCUGGGAAACGACAGAAGGAAAGAAUGGCUACGGCUUGGCAGCAUGGCCAAAGAGGACGCCAUGGAGGACUUUGUGAAGCUUCUGAACUCCUGUUGUGCUCUGUUUGCACCAUAUGUGACAUCACAUAAGAUUGAAAAGGAGGAACAAGAAAAGAGACAAAGAGAAGAGGAAGAACGUCUCAGACUGGAGAGAGAAGAGCAGGAGCGACGGCGGCUGGAAGAAGAAGCGCGACGCAGAGAAGAAGAGGAGAUGAGGAUAAAAGAGGAGGAACUGAGAAGGAAAGAAGAGUCAGAGAGGUUACAGAUAGAGCGGCAAAAACAGCAGAUCAUGGCUGUUCUGAAUGCACAGACGGCAGCGCAGUUUCAGCAAUAUGCCAAACAGCAGUGUCCAGACAACCCAGACCAACAGGAGUUACUCAUCAAACAGCUGCAGGAAAAGCACUACCAACAAUACGUCCACCAGGCCCUCCGCCUGCAGCAGAUGGCCUCGCAGAAGCAGCAGGAAGACUCAAAUGCGACUCAAACGUCAGAAGCUCUUCCUGCUCCUGUCUUAAGUGAAGCAGUGCCCAUCUGCAACCCCAACAACCAAUCAAAUUCGUUAGAGAAUCAUGAACAACAGUCAGACUCAAAAGCCUUCCAUUUGUGUGUAGAAGGGACAAGCGAAGCGCCUAUCAUUGCUCCCUCUAUGUGGACACGGCCUCAGGUUAAGGAGUUUAAGGAAAAGGUGUUGCACGAUGAAGACUCCGUGAUCACGGUGGGCCGAGGGGAGGUAUUGACAGUACGGGUGCCCACUCAUGAGGGUGGCUCACACUUGUUUUGGGAAUUUGCCACUGAUCACUACGAUAUUGGUUUUGGGCUGUACUUUGAGUGGAAGGACUUGACCGUUCCAACAAACAGCAAAAAUGAAGGAGAACCUACUACUGACGCUAAUGAAGGCACAGCACAAGCUGAGAAAGAGAAACUGACAGAACAGAGCAGACGUCCGCUGGUAAAUGAAGUGGUUCCUGUUUCCCGUCGUGACAGCCACGAGGAAGUUUACGCAGGCAGCCACCAAUAUCCUGGUGAGGGAGUUCAUCUUCUGAAAUUUGACAAUUCCUACUCCCUCUGGAGGCCAAAGGUUGUCUAUUACAGAGUUUAUUACACUAGAUAAAUAUCAACAGACCAGGUGCUGCAUUCACUAUCUAUAACUUUGAGAAUAUCAAGUAAUUCUUGAUUCAACAGAGGCACAGUAUUGUGCUGUUGAAAUAUGAAAUAUAAGAAAUAUGUCGUUUUCUUCUAAUGCAAAGGUCUUUUCUACUGAAAGAUACAUGAAUCCUGCUUUUGGUGUCAUCAUCAAAAGGAAGUCAUGUUCUUUAGUAAUUUAUAUAAUUUUUUCAUGCAAGAAAAACAAAAUCUUAUGUUGAAUCAAUGAAGGAGUGGUGUAUACAUAUAUUUUUUAAUUGAUGUGAUUCAAGCACUUUAAAGUUUGAAAAAUCAAUUAUGAAUCCUAAAACAGAUUAUAUUUUGCCUUAUACAGUAGUGCCCAAGAGUGAUGUCUGGACUAGGAAAAUUGAUAUCAUUCAAAUUAUUAAAAAAU